UUUGUAAGUAGCUGUGGGUUUGAUGAUUUCAUGAUGUAUUCAUUCUACUGCAUAUGUGUAUGUAUAGUAGUAUAUUGUUAAUCCAUCUAUUUACCCUCUAAUCCAUGCAUCCAAUCAUCCGUCCGUCCGUGCGUGCGUCAGUCCGUCCAUCUAUCCCAAAUAUCAACAAACUUGAUAGCAAACCAAUUUCAUAUACGUGCGUUUUUUUUCGUGAUAGAUCGUUAUCAUCUAAUAAAAUACAGAUUAUCAGUAAAAGAGCGUUCAAUGGACUGCCAAGACUACGAGAAUUGAAUCUCCAAGACAACAUGAUCAAACAGUGGGACACAACGUUGAUUGAACAAGACCUACCAAAUCUCCUCAUGCUGAAUAUUGCACAAAAUAUUUAUUGGAAACCAGACCAACAAAUCCUUUCACUACCAAAUCUGAAGAUCAUCUUUUUAUUGCUUGCUUUCCUUCCACGUAAGCAAAGUGAAAUUAGCUCUUAUUUUCAUUGUUACAUAGCGAGAAACAAUGCAAACAUAAGCAACACAAACAACACCACAUUUAUCCAACAGCUUCCAAAAAGUAUUCAUGAAAAGGUGGAGCCGGACUUCAUAACACACAUUCCUGACAAUUGUUGGCUCGAUGAGCUAAUUUUUCAAGAUCCCAAUUAUAGGGGCAUUAUAGACAAAAGUGGCUUUCAUUUCCACUGUGAAACGGUUCAGCCGAAGAGUCUCUUGGAAAAGCACAAAAGAUUGACGAAUUUUACUCAACCACAACAAAAGGAAUGGUUUUACUAAAAAGAAACCUUAAAGCCUUACUGCUGGAACUUAAUAAAUAACAUUCUACUUAUUGGGUUAGUUAAAGGCAUUUUUGCAAUGAUUCUUAACAUUAUCGUUAUCACAACGACUUCAAGAAGCAGAGUUCUAAGACAGUCUGUUGCACAUGUUCUUGUGGCUAAUAUUAGUGUAGGAGACCUGUUGAUUUCAUUCUACAUGAUCAUCAUUAUAUCAACAAGACAAAGCAUGACUGCUGAGAACUAUUUCAGUAUGUACCUACCGUACUACUGCAGGAUUGUUGGUCUCUUUUUUUUAAUUGGUCAGUUUUCAAGUCCAGGCAUGUCGUUUAUAAUGACAAUAGAAAGGUAUUUAGCUGUUGUAUACUGCAUGAGACCUCACAUCAGAAUCACCAGAAGAAUGUCAUUCGUCAUCAUAGCCAUAAUUUGGAGCAUUUCAGUUUCACUGGCUGUUAGCUUCAUGACUUCACCACAGUUUUCAACACAAACAGACAGCAUGUGUGUUACUAGUCGUAAUAUGCGCAGUCAACAAGUGCUCUAUUACAUAGGAGGUAUUGGAGUCCUAUUAUACGUCAUCUCAAUUGCCUUAUAUGGCCACAUGUAUGUGGAUUUCCAAAAGACUAACCAGAAGACCGUACAGUUACAAAGGGAAAACCGUUUAGCUCGCAGGAUUGCACUCAUCAUGUUCACCAAUGUUCUCUUCUUUAUCCUUCCAUUAGCCGUGAUUGCAGCUGUUAACGGUUUCCAGGACCAUAUCUCCAAUGCAACUCUUCACAUAUUUUGGAACACCUUUGGUAUAACGUUUUUGGGUAUCAAUCCUUAUAUUGCAUCAAUCCUAUUUUAUUUUCGUUCAGGAAUGAGCAAUUUCGAAGUGAAUUUUGGAAACUGCAUCGACUUUGUCGUGGAACUGUUGAUCUUCAGCCUUGAUUCCAGUUAUUGCUUGUUGGGGGUUCUUAGAUAUAGUUUGUGUUUGGAUAUAUUUUAUGUGCACUCAAUUGCAAAAUCAUUAUCGGAUUCAAAAACAUAGAACAUAGAAGCUGAGGCCAAAAUGGUACAUGGGAAAUACGUUUAUUAGAUCUAUCUAAUGAUAUAACUCGAAUGAUGUUCAUAAAUAGACCUCUUUAGCAUCGUUGUUUGUUGUGCACAUUUCAGAUCAUGUGAUGCCCGCUUUUGGGAGUUGAUUCUUUCAUGUGUAAAUUUGACAUGUUUGUCAUAAAAGAACAAUUCUCAAAAGCCAAAGAGGUCUAUUAAAGCGGCACACUGACAGAAAGCUGGGAGGCCUUUUUUUGUUAAAACACAGGUUUCAUAUUGAUUGUGUAUCUUAAAUGAAUACAUCAGAGGAUACUUAGGGAUCAGUCAUUAUUUAAGUCUACCGCAAGACAUUAUUGCUAAUGACAAUGACAUAUUUAUAUACUAUUCCUUCUUUUAUUUUCAUCAUAUUUGCAAUUACAGUGAAU